AAGUGAAAGUCAAUGCAAAUUUUCGGCGUGACUUUUUUUUGGCCAAGUUUCUCUCUACGAAGUUUCACAAGGCAAACAAAAAUAAAAAACACACACACACACACACAAAAAGUGUAAAAUCGAAAUCCUUGACCUAUUGCGGGGUAGUCAAGGGGUAUCCUUCGGUGUAUUUUUUGUUUGUUGCCGCUAUUGUUGUUGUUUUUGUGUCUAACAAAGUGUGAGGGAAAGUUCGUUGGAGUUUUUGUUGGAUAGGUUUUUGUGUUUAACGUGUGUGUUGCAAGUGUUGUAAAGUUGCCUUUGUUUUCGUUUCUUUUACAUAUUUUCGGUUUUUGCUGCGAAGCAUUAUCAAGGUUAACAACAACAUCGUGAAAAAGAGGAACAAGCAUAAGCACAAAAACACAAAGAACUCCUGCUGGCAGCUGGCUUCAAAACAAAACUAUGUGAUGUGAUAUGCAACAACAACAACAUUUGGAAAAUCCGAAACUUAAAUUUCCCCAUUUAAAGUCCUCAAGUCCUAAAGACAAACAGAUAGAAGAUAGCAGAAAACUUUUGCCUUUAAAUUGAAAAAUUUAUGAUGGUGCCAUGGUUGACGUUUGCAAAUGUUGCCAUUUUCCACCAUAAUCAGUCGCCGCAUAUGCCUGCCUCUCUCUGCACGGGCAACUUCUUCAUUAUCAUCAUCACUAGUGCGGCUGUUGUUGGUCUACAGAAAAUUUUGUGUAUGUAAACAACGAAUGCCAACAGCAAUGUUAUAACUUUGGUGGACUCAAAAUCGACCUGCUUCCCGUCACCCAACCUGGGGAGCCGCAACCAUUUUCCCAAACCCUUGGACUUGGAAGAAUAGAAAGACCAACAGCAGGCCAUAACAGGAAACUACACCUCUGCUGAUUAUGGGUUCAUGUUUGGGGCGGUCGACGUCAAAUAAAUUGACUGGCAACACGAGCACCUCUAGUCUGGUGUCCUCAUGCUUGGGGCGCAAUUCAACAGAUGACCAGGAUUUAGAUUUAAUCUCUAAUGUCAAUGGGCCUUACAAAAGGGAUCAUUUCAUAUUUCGCAUAUGGAAUUUUAAGCGAAAGAAAAAAUCCUCUCACAUUUUGGAUAAAUUUUGGCAGCAUCAGGAUACAACAUAUGCCAAGUUAAGCAAUGGGAAUCAAGCGGAAAGCUUCUCAGACAUACAACUACAAAAUUUAGACGUUACCAAUCUCUUGGCUACAACCGGACACACCAAAGAAUCUUCAGUUAACUACAUACCCAGUCGAGUACCCAGUUCCAGAGCCAGUUCAUCGCUCGACCUCGAAUGGGAACAUGAAUACAGCCAAAUGAGGCACUAUCAACAGCAUCUGAUAAAGCAACGCACCCAAAUGCUACAGAACUAUCAACAACUACAGAUGAUGGACACCGAUACAGUGAAAAACUGCGAUGAGACAUCGGCCGAUGAAUCAUGGCAGUAUAUGAAUCAGGAAGAGGAUCAAUUAAAUUCCAUGGCUUCCAUGUCUUCGGUGGCAGAAUUACCCAGCGAGUCUAUGGGUAUGAACACCCAUUAUAAGGCCAGCAAAGAACAGCGCACGGGCGAAAGAAGAUCUCUGUUGAGAUCAAAUUCCAGACACCAUAAAAUGAGUUCCAUAACACGCAAUAGUUCGCAUAACUCCUGGUCUCAUAUCUCUACACCGGAGUCUCUGGAAUGGGAUGUGGAUGAAGAGCAACAGCAACAAUUGCAUGUGGAAGAUGACAACCUGGAUCAUGAGACUUUGAAAUUGUUGCAUCAAAUUGAGCAAUUGAAAAAUCGUGUUCUCUACGAGACCGGUGAAGGUCUAUACGAUCUAAUCGAUGAUGUUAAUGGAGCCCCAUUAACCUCUAGCCUGGAUUAUGAUCUUAACAAUAGAUCACGACGCAUGUGUUUUCAAUUGGGUGAUAGCGAUGGUGAAAAUGGCAAUUAUAGAUGAUCUGUGGCAGUCUAGACUAUAAAUCCAUACUUAUGUUAGAUUUGAUUUUAGCUAAAAAACAAAAAACGAUAACAUGAUAUAAACAAAAGCCUCUAAGGCAUAUCCCUCCCCCCCCCUCUGAGUAGUUUGAUGCCCUCUGGUCGUAUAAAGUGUGCAGGGCAUCGAAUGAGGUUAUAUGAAAGGUAUUCAGAUAGUUAAAAGUGUUUAGGAAAAUGUCCCAAAACUGUAAGCAAACCAAACCAACCAACCAAGUAUAAGAAAAAAAUGAAGAAAAUCCAAACCAAAAAAAAAAAAAAAAUAUGAAACACAAAAUAAACAAGUGCCUCGUUUUAAAACACGUUGAACAGACAGAUUUUAAAAAUUAACAUAACCUGCUUAAGAGCAGAGGCAAAAGGGCUAAAAAAAGUUUUGUAGGGAAGAAGGGAUUAGAUGAAAAUGCGGGCUAGACAUCAUAGGAAACUCUUUAUAUGGUGUAAAACAACACUUAGGGAC